AUGUAUGGGUUGACGGAUAAGCAGUUGAGGAGGUUCUUCAAGAUGGCCAAGAAGAUGGAAGGAUCACUUUCGGAUAAUCUGAUGCUUCUUCUUGAGAGGAGGUUGGAUAAUAUGGUCUACAGGAUGAAUUUUGCUCCAACCAGACGGGCGGCGAGACAAUUGGUUUCGCAUGGUCACGUUAAGGUUAAUGGCAAAAGAUUAGAUAUUCCUUCUGCUUUGGUUAAUUCCGGAGACAAGAUAGAGUUGGCAACAAGGGUUAAGGGUAUACCUUUAGCCAAUAUGAUGAAUGAAUGUGGGACUCCUGAGUUUGUGGAAGUGGAUGUGGAGAAUAAGGUGGGGUUGGUUAAGAGAUUUCCUUUUAGGAGCGAGAUUACUCAGGAUAUUAAUGAAGUUUAUGUGGUGGAGUGGUAUAAGAGGCUGGUUUAG